AUGUCGAAGAGGUCGACUGAACAGCGAUCUCUGGAUUCGUCGGACGAAAAAUGUGCAGCAGCAUCAGCAGCAUCUGCAUCAACGGUCCAACAUGGUCUUCCAGCUCCUCCUGCUUCAUCAAGACCUCCAUCCCGUGUCUCACUUGGACAGCCUAAUCCUGCUGGGUUUGCGGUCGACCUACUGCCGUAUGCCUCAAGACCGGGAGAUUCAAGUACGCUCACCUCGCCCGCCUCAUCGACGACCCGUCUAGCUGGAGUGCACGCUAUUCUGAACCCGCCACACGGCGACGAGCUGAACCCGGGACGAAGACGCAAGGCUCAUGAGUUGGAAUCACCUUUCCCUACCGGUCAAGCACUACCACCUAUAGCGAUGGGCGGGCAGUCUGCACGUGCUACGCCCGUAUUGGGUCGUGCUUCACCGAUCAUGUCCUUCGGCGGACCUCCAGAGCUAGCUCCACGGCGGAUCUUGACACCAAGAUCUCCGUCUCUACAUCGUGCUGCAAGCCUCGGGCAAUUGCAGCCCCCAGCUAGUACAGUCACUCUUCAGCAGGAGCCCGGGACAGCUGGAGCACCUCCAUUGCCUUUGUCUGUGGGUGUUCCCCGGCCCGCGUACGAUUAUACUAGUGCCACACCAUCAGCAGAGGCGGCGAGGAGAGCAGGCAUGACUGUUGGUCGCAGUACCCGAGCUCCAUCGGGCAGUGCAAGCCCAAGCAGCUCCUAUUCUUCAUACAGCCAGGCAGAGCAGACCUCUCCAGCUAGCCAAGCGAUGGGCCUAUCUGCCGGUGGUCUGAAUAUUGAUCGACAGCGACAUAUGGGUAUUCCGAUCUCGUCAUCCUCCGGCGGGCAAAAUACGUAUCAGAUGAUGACGUUGGAGACCACAUCUGGGACAGUACAAUUGCCUGUCGAUGUUCAAGCUGCGUCAAGAGUUGCCGAUGAGAAACGAAGACGGAACGCUGGGGCUAGUGCACGGUUUCGACAGAGACGGAAGGAGAAGGAAAAGGAAGCGUCGGUCACAAUAGGCAGAUUGGAGCAGCAGGUGAAGGAGUUAGGCGAAGAUGCAGACUUCUAUCGACGCGAGCGUGACUAUCUGAGUGGUAUGCUGUCUCAGGCUCCAGGCGGUGAUCGUCAUUUUCCACGCCCACUAUCACCUCGAAGGCGCCGUUCAUCUUCUGUCAUGGCUGGCCCUAGUGGGGGCGGCGGCACUGGCUACAUGAGUGCAACAGAGUCAGGAGCUCGUAGCCCCGAGCAGAGACGCAACGUGCGAAGGCGGACUUCCACCUUGUCGCUUCCGCAGCCGCCACCACCUCCUUCCCAGUUCGCCGCGCCACAAGCAGGUGGACGUCCUCACGCCAACUAUGCAGCUCCUGGGCUGUUUGGCGCAGACCCUCUGGUUCAGCAGACCACACAGAUGCGACGACCAUCUGGUCCCUUACCGCCUGCGCUCGCAAGAGAGUCGCUACCGACAUCGACAGUAUUGCCUCCGAUGCAACAUGGACCGCCUGCGCCGGCAUCUGCAGACACGCGAAGCCAGCCACAGACAGGACCGUGGAACCCUUUCGCUACUGAGCGGCGAUCUACGGGGUUUGGAGAUCCACGUGACUCACGUUGA